AAACUCUUGUGGGGUAGCAAAUCCAAUUUCCCGGUCUAUCCCCUCUCUCUCUCUAGCCUCCCUCUCGCUCAGCAGCUCUUCAAACCCUAACGACGACACCAGUCGACAUCGGCGACGUGACUCUCUCAGGUUUCUCCUCGUAAUCCCGAAAACUCGACGGCGAAUAAUCUCCGCCGCGGAUUUAGUCUUCAUUGCCGAUCCCUCCUCCAGUUUCUUCCCCAGAUGUUCCGUCCAUCGUUUUUGAUUUAGGUCAUCAGACCUGAAAUCUCGUCAACAAGACCAGCAGAGAGAGAGAGUCAUCUGCUAAGCUAUCCCGUGAGAAUCUACGAGAAGCUCAAUCAGCAUUUAUCCAUGGAGAUUUCAGUUUCCUCUCCGAAGCAGAGCGUGUUGUUAUCUGCAUCGGAUUGUAUGAGUGACCCCGAGGAGGAGGAGGAGGAGCACGAGAUCAGCGAGGAUGAGGAUGACGAUCGAAACCACAAGCACCGUAGGAAAGAAGAGACGAGUUCUCAGUCCUUGGAACAAGGCGGCGCUGCUGCUUCGGAUCAGGCCUUCUCGCAGCGUCCGCCCUACAGGAAAAGCUAUGAGAAGCGGUCUCUAGGGCACCGUGUGCAGUUUGAUAAUAACCAAAGAUCAAGAUCCAACACUGGUAGAGGGAGAGGAAGUUAUGGUUCUUGGAGUCAGCGUGAUUCCACCAGGUUUAGUCACCAUCCUGCUGUUGAUCUCUCAUCUCAUAAUAUGGUUCCGGGGAUGUUUGGAGGGAGGGGGCUAGCGGCUCAAACCGCACCGUGGCCUGCCUUUGGAAUGCUUCCAAAUGGUGGUGGCUUGGAUGGUUUUCAUCACUUGCAAGGGUCCUUAAGACCGCCGCCCUUGGGUAUUCCUAGGCAGCGAUGCAGAGACUUUGAGGAACGUGGGUUCUGUCUCAGAGGGGACAUGUGUCCCAUGGAGCAUGGAAUCAAUCGUAUUGUUGUUGACGAUGUUCAGAGUCUAUCACAGUUCAACCUUCCUGUUUCUGUCCCCGGUGCACCUCAUAUGGCAGCUUCUUCCAAACCAGUGUCUGCACAGUUUGGGGGUGGUAAUUUCAUGAAUACGAAAGGAGCUCAUGGGAAGACUAAUGAGAGUGGAAAGGCUGUUGAUGGUAUGGGUUAUGGUGAUGCAUAUCAUAAUCCUAGUGCAGGUGGAACUGAUUUUUACGAUCCUGAUCAACCUUUGUGGAAUAAUAACAGUGCUGGUGAAACUUCAGGGGCAUUUUCUGCCCUAAAUUCUCAUGGGAUUGAUGGGAAUGUCGCUCCAGUGGAUGACAAUAACCAAGAUGGCCCUGUAAAUGCAUGUGGUAUUCGAGACUCAAGGAACACUAGUCAGCCGGUGUGGGGCAGAGUGCGCAAUGGUCAAGCAAAUUUCAAAGAGAAAGGUGAUGAUUUAUUAAAUACAUCAGCUGGUCUUGAAGGUCAACCGAAGGAGGUCUCAGUUAAUUUACCCCGCCAAAACAAUGUUGGGGGAAGUGUCGCAAAAGUUGUUGAUUCAUCAAACACUUUAAAUGAUGCAGUGAAUAACACAAGAACACCAAUGCAAAAGGCAAUGCAGACUCUAUUUGUGAAUGGUGUUCCCCAAGAGAGCAACAGAAGAGACCUCAUUCUUGCCCAUUUUCAGAAAUUUGGGAAAGUCAUUGACAUUCGCAUCCCAGUAAAUAGUAACCGAGCAUUUGUUCAAUUCUCAAAACGCGAAGAGGCUGAGUCUGCUCUCAGGGCACCUGAUGCUGUAAUGGGUAACCGCUUUAUCAAACUUUGGUGGGCAAAUAGAGAUAGUAUACCUGAUAAUGGCCUGUCCACUGGCAAUGGUGCUUUUAUGAAGGGUCGUGGUGUGGGUGCUUCUGGAGGGCAGAACAAGAUUCCUGUUACUGCAGCAUCGAAAGGCAACCAUGUCUCUUCUACUGCGAAGGGGCCUGCCUUCCCCACCGGUGAAGCUCCGUCAUCCUCUGAACAGCCUAAGCCUGUUGGGAUCACUAGUGGUCCCAAGGUUACGCCGCUUCAGAAGAAAAAGGCAGAAACUCUUGAGCAGUUGAAGGAGACACUUCGGAAAAAGCAGGAAAUGCUGGAUAAGAAACGUAACGAGUUAUGCAAAAAGUUGGCGACGCUUCAAAAACAAGACACGGGUAAGGACGUGGAAGCAGAUGAGCCGGUUACUAAGCGCGCUAAAGUGGACACAGGCUCUAACUCCGGUGCUGCAAUCCCAUCACCAAAAACAGAGUCAUCGACUGAUAAGAAUGUGCUUUUCCAUAAACCACUUUCUAUUGCAAGACUGAGCACAGAAACGCCAUCACCUGAUUCAAAAAAACUAAAGCAAAGACCGUACUCGUUUGCCACAAGCUUGAACACUCCAAUGGUACAUAGGUAUAAGUUGGACAACCGCACGACUACCAUCAAAGUUGUCCCUCCUUUGCCAACUGGGUUAGCCGAUAUUACCGUCUUGAAGGAACAUUUCUCUUCUUAUGGCGAAGUCUCAAAAGUGGAACUCGAAGACAAUGCAUCGAGUGAUAGUGACAAGGAUCAGGAAAGUGAAACACAUAGCAAAAUCGUUGCAGCUUGUGUGACAUUUGUGAAACGCAGCGCAGCAGAGAAAGCGUUUGCUAAUGCAAAGUCUUGGCAAGAACACACGUUGCAGCUCGCGUGGGUAACACGUCAAAUCAAGAAAGAGAAUAACAGUAACAGUGUCAAGAAUAAUCCAUCUGCUUCUAGUGGCCACCUUAGCAGCAAAAACAAUCCCGCUUCUUCUGUUUCUAAUGACCCAAAACCAGCAGAUGAAGUCAAAGCCUCUUCUACAGAAGAACAAGAGGUUGCAAGUGUCUCUGGAGAUGACAAUACAUUGGAUGAACCAGAGGCCAAAGAAAGCGACAAUGGCAACGAUAAAAGUAAUAGCGAGUCCAUCGAGGGAGCUUCUGAAGCGGUUGCAGCGACAGAAACUGAUGAAGAACAGAUGAAUGGUUAAAGCUGGGGAAGAAGAUUGGGCAGUGAGGUAAACUUUUGUCACAGAAACGUAAUUUUUAUUUGUUGGUGAAUCUGGUAUAGUGAUCUUUUAUGCUUUUUAGCCAAUCCGUGAGACGUUAAUAUUUGUUGGUAGCAAAAGAUAUAUCUCUAUAGUUUUUUCUCACUUUUUUUAAAUAGUAGAAGUGUAUUGUUACAUUUGGCCUUCCAAGAACUGUGGUUGGGUCUUUGUAUCAGCAGAACUUUGUUUUCUCAGUUAUAGCUUCUAUAACAGUCUCGACUUGUUUUGUACAUA